AUGGAUGCCUACAAUACCGACCCAGACCUAAAGGUCACAUGUGGCUCACCUGGAGAUGGUACAAACACAAAGUCUGUUUCAAUCACUGAAGGACAAGCUGGGGAAGCAUACACUUACACCUGCAAUCAUGGCUUCACAUCAGACCCUAAUGACCUGACGGUAGUCUGUGAACUAAACGAUGAGGGAACUAUUGCUAGCUGGUCUCUAACGCCAUCUUCUUGCUCAGAGGUCAAAUGUGGCUCACCUGGAGAUGGUACAAACACAGAGUCUGUUUCAAUCACUGAAGGACAACCUGGGGAAGCAUACACUUACACCUGCAGUCAUGGCUUCACAUCAGACCCUAAUGACCUGACGGUAGUCUGUGAACUAAACGAUGAGGGAACUAUUGCUAGCUGGUCUCUAACGCCAUCUUCUUGCUCAGAGGUCACAUGUGGCUCACCUGGAGAUGGUACAAACACAGAGUCUGUUUCAAUCACUGAAGGACAACCUGGGGAAGCAUACAAUUACACCUGCAAUCAUGGCUUCACAUCAGACCCUAAUAACCUGACGGUAGUUUGUCAACUGAACGAUGAGGGAACUAUUGCUAGCUGGUCUCCAACGCCAUCUUCUUGCUCAGAGGCCAAAUGUGGCUCACCUGGAAAUGGUACGAACACAGAGUCUAUUUCAAUCACUGAAGGAAGCCCUGGGGAAGCAUACAACUACACAUGCAGUCAUGGCUUCACAUCAGACCCUAAUAACCUGACGGUAGUCUGUGAACUAAACGAUGAGGGAACUAUUGCUAGCUGGUCUCUAACGCCAUCUUCUUGCUCAGAGGGCAAAUGUGGCAAACCUAAAAAUGGUACAAAGACAAGGCCAUUUGACAUCACUGAAGCAUCCAUUGGGGAUAAAUACUAUUACCUCUGCAUAACUAACUAUAAAUACAAUGGCAGUGCGAAGUUUGAAGUUGAAUGUAUUGCUACUUCAGCCGGAGCUGACUGGUCGCAUGGAGAGAUCGGCCCUGUUUGCAUAUACUCCCCCAAUUAUGAAGAGUAA